AUGUGGAAGGCCCAAGGCGUAUACUCGGCUUCUACAGCAGCAGCCUCCUGGUAUAGUCGCGCAACGGAUUAUUAUGAGGACAACUGUCCACCCACAGUGGACGGCGUUCUGGGCGGUUUUGCUGCAAUUUCUGACCUAGAUUUGGAGGGAUCUCGGGCGUUUCUCAACGACGUUGUUGUGCAGCGAGGUUACUCCAGUGUUAUUUGGUCAGCAGGAGCCGCCUGCGAAUGUGGGGCGGGUAUUGGUCGCGUUUCCAAAGGGCUCCUGUUGCCGCUGGGUGUGCAACGAUGCGAUUUGGUGGAGUCUUCACCGCGACUUUUGGCAGCUGCCCCGGAUUACAUUGGAGACGAUGGCGGAGUUGAACGCUGCCGAUUUUACUGUCAAGGACUUCAGGAGUGGAUGCCGCGGAAAAGCUCAUACUCUAUUGUUUGGAUUCAGUGGGUUUUUUGUUAUCUGACGGAUGAAGAUGCGAUUGCAUUUCUGCGACGUUGCGGCGAAAGCUUGUUGGAUUCGGGUGGAGUUAUUUGUCUCAAAGAAAAUACGUGCGAUGACCAAGACUUUAUCGUAGACGUGGAGGAUGCAUCUUUGUCGCGAUCUGCACGAUAUCUGCAUUGGCUGGCACGAGAAGCGGGUUUACGAGUAGUACACGCACAAAUCCAGGACAACUUUCCAGAUCAAAUUUUUCCUGUUUAUCAACUCGCGCUGGAAGUCGCUACACCAUGA